AUGGUUAAGGCUGUUGUUCUCGGUGCUGCAGGUGGUAUUGGCCAGCCUCUGUCGCUGCUCUUGAAAGCCAACCCACUCAUCACAGAGUUGGGUCUCUUCGAUAUCGUGAACACGCCUGGUGUCGCAGCCGAUCUGUCUCAUAUCUCCACACCAGCCAAGGUCGUGGGCUACUUGCCACCAGACGAUGGCUUGAAGAAAGUCCUGACUAACGCCGAUGUCGUCGUAAUUCCCGCUGGAGUCCCCCGGAAGCCAGGCAUGACAAGAGAUGACCUGUUCAAAAUCAACGCUGGUAUCGUCCGGGAUCUGGCUACCGGGAUCGCCACUGCGGCACCUAAGGCUUUCAUCCUCGUUAUCUCCAAUCCCGUCAAUUCUACCGUCCCCAUCGUCGCGGAAGUCCUCAAGAAGCACGGCGUUUUCGACCCGAAGAGACUUUUCGGUGUCACGACUCUGGAUGUUGUCCGCGCCUCGACGUUCGUUGCCGAAAUCCUCGGCGACCUCAGCCUUUCGAAAUCAGUCGCUGUCCCCGUUGUCGGCGGCCACAGCGGUGUAACCAUCGUCCCCCUCCUUUCCCAAUCGUCCCACCCUCUCCCUGCGAACCUCACCACCGAUCAGUACGAAGCCCUCGUCAAGCGCAUCCAAUUCGGUGGUGAUGAGGUAGUCAAGGCGAAGGACGGCGCCGGUUCCGCCACCUUGUCAAUGGCGUACGCUGGCGCUGAAUUCGCGGCGAAACUCAUUCGUGCUAUCGGUGGCGAGAAAGGCGUCUCGGCACCCACGUUCGUCAACCUCUCCGCAGACCCAUCUGGUGGUGAGGCCUUGAAGAAGGAGCUUGGCCAGGACCUGGACUAUUUCUCAACCGUCGUUGAGCUCGGACCUGAGGGCGUCGCCAAGAUCAACACCUUGGGGAGCCUCACAGAUGCCGAGACAGCACUUGUCAAGGCUGCCAUCCCCGAACUCGCUACCAACAUUCAAACGGGUGUUUCUUUCAUCGCCUCGCCCAAGCUCUAA